GCAAAAUCUCUGAUUAUAGCAAUAACAAAGAUUAAAGAAAAAUGUGGGGUGUUGCUAUAGUGGGUGCGUGUGAGCGAGAAGAUCUUCUUGUCCUCCGGUAGCCCAACCCUAAUCGCCUUCAAACAACGGCAGCGCCACCAGGUGAACCUGCCGCCGACUUAACCUUGAAUUAUAUAUUUUUUCUCUCGGUCCUCUUUAUAUUAGGUUAGGAGAUGAUUUUGUUUUUCAUUGAGAUCAAAGAUUUACGAUCGGCUGAGCACAUAAUUUACUGUUCAUGCUCGUUCGCUCCUUCUCCGCGGAUAAUCUUAACCCUUACUAAUUUAGCUGGUGCGUGUGAGCGAGAAGAUCCUCUUGUCCUCCGGUAGCCCAACCCUAAUCGCCUUCGAACAACAGCAGCGCCACGAGGAUCUGUCCUAAUCCAGGUGAGGUCUAAGGAGAAACAUGGUCUCCUCAACACUCCUCCUCGAGCAAGAAGACGAUUUCCCUUUCUCCUCUAGAAAGAGGCUGAAGAUUUCAGAUUUUCAGCACCAAGAACAACAAGAUGCAUAUAUCUCCAUUGGCAACUGUGAUGACGUCACAUUCAUGCCGAUGAACAACGCAGAAGAAUGCUCAUUCAAUGGUUCAAAUUCCCUACCAGAGAUGAGUUGCAAUUCUAAUGGAAACAGUGAUGGUAUUCCUGAGUUGUCUAUUACGGGCAGGUCUUCAUACCAGGGAAAUAGUUGUUCUGGCUACUUACCACCUGCUUUUGUUAGUGGAUGGAUGUACCUUAAUGAAAAUGGACAAAUGUGUGGUCCUUAUAUCCACCAACAACUGUACGAGGGCUUAUCUACAGGUUUUCUGCCUGAGGAUCUUCCUGUUUAUCCCAUUGUAAAUGGAGCAUUGAUCAAUCCGGUUCCUCUCAAGUACUUUAAGCAGUUUCCUGACCAUGUUUCCACUGGUUUUACAUAUCUUUCUUCUGGUACUUCAGGCACAACUAUGCCAACAAAUUAUUCCACAGAUUUGGUGGCAUAUAGGCAAUGCGUUCAGUAUGCUACUCCAGUCUCUACUUAUCCUGUUGCAGAAUCGGUAACUGAUUCUUGUGUUCAACACCAUACUUAUGGCUCCAACCAACCAACCCCCAACCCUGAAGCAGCUGACUAUGCUACACCAGUUUCACUUGUGUCAGGUGAGGAUUCCUGUUGGCUAUUCAAGGAUGAUGAAGGGAGGAGACAUGGGCCACAUUCUCUUAUGCAGCUUUAUUCUUGGUAUUGGUAUGGAUAUCUUAAGGAUUCUUUAAUGAUAUAUCAUGCUCAAAAUAAGUUUAGACCCCUUCCUUUGCUAUCUAUUAUGAAUGCUUGGAGAUUGGAUAAACCUGAAUCUUUCUCCAAGACUGAUGCAAACACUGAAACUGGCUCAUCUCCGAGCUUCAUGUCCGUAAUUUCUGAAGAAGUUUCCUGUCAACUGCACUCUGGAAUAUUGAAAGCUGCUCGUAGAGUUGUAUUAGAUGAGAUAAUCAGCAAUGUUAUUUCAGAGUUUGCUAAUACAAAGAGAACAGAGAUAUAUCAUAAGCUUGAUAAUCAGGCUGCCAUAAGUUUUUCUGCAAAUGGUAGAAUGUCUCAAUUUGCCAGUGAGAUGGAUUAUUCUAUUGCCAAGUGUGAGGCCUCUGUCUGCAAUUAUAACCCUGAUCAGGCAUGUGUUGAUGAGUUGUCCAUGCAGUUACUGAGACGUACAAAAUCUGUUGGUAACAUCGAUGAUUUUUGGGGGUCUUAUGCGGUUGUUUGUAGAUUUCUUUCUGAUUAUUGCAUGGAAGUCCUGUGGAAUGCUGUCUUUUAUGAUACCAUAGCAGAGUAUACAACUUACUGGAGAAAGAGCAAACUUUGGUUCAGUCAUCCAUAUUUGUGCAAGAAGAUUGAAGAAUUACCCAGUAAACCAUAUUUUUCUCGUCAAGAAUCUCCUGCUAGUAGUGUUGACUGCCCUCCUGGUUUUGAGCUUCUCAAAACUGAAUCAGAUCGUACUGCACCAUCAUCUAUUGGAUCUUCAUGUGCCUGUAUGGAAGAAAAGCCAUGCAAACAGAAUAUCCUAUUGUUCAAAGAGUGUCCAGAUGAUGACCUGAAAUGCUUCUUAGAAAGUGUAGCAAAUGAGUUACAUAAGUCCACAAAGGUGUCUUUGGCUGAGUAUGUUGAAAUUCUUGUGGAAGAGGAAAUGAAUAAAUUAGUUAAUUUUUCAGAGGAGAAGAGAUUAAAUGAGGAAACUGUUAACUUUUCUAUUCCAUUCAGCCAGGCAAGUGAGUAUGGUUCUAUUGAAAUGAAAUAUGAGCGGAUGAUUGAUUCCAACCAAAUUUCGGGCAAGAUAAAUUUUUCUGGUGAUUCUCAAAGUUCUCUACAAGCAGAAAAAUCAUUUUUUCCAUUUCAAUCUGGGAAUGCUAUAUCCAAUGUUCUGGCAAUUGCUUUUGAAAGAACACAUGCUUCUGUUGACAAUGCAAUUGAUGUUGAAAACAUCGAUGAGCCACCACCUCCUGGAUUCAAAGAUAGUGCUAUUUUCCCUCCCACUAUAAGUAAAUUCCAACCUUCAAAAUCACUUGAAUCGACUUCCAAGAAUGGAGCCUAUGUUGCCAUUGCAAUGUGCAAGCAGAAGCUGCAUGAUGAUGUACUUAGUGUUUGGAAAUCGUUGUUUGUCAAUGAUGUUCUUCAUCGAUUUCCUGGAUUAUGCUGUACUUCAGAAAAGCAUACUGAGCCUGAUAGCAAUGAGGAAGGAGUUUUCAAAUUCACAGAAGGGUCAAGGAAAUUUCACAGUCCAGACUCUUCAGUGUUGUCAUUGGUUUCAAGUAAAUACACAUAUCACCGGAAGAAAAAGUUGGCAGGAAAGAAGUUGGGUUCAUCUUCUCAUUCUACUACUACAGAUGCUGGGUUGCAGAAACGGCCCGUGGAGAAGUCAAGAAAGCAAAACUUUCUUAGAAAUGUCUCUGAGAAUGUAGUAGUUCAACCUGUAGGGACUCCUAAGAAGAAGGAAAGAAUCAAGGGCCAGGCUGAAUCAUCUGUUAAUGGUAGGCCUUCAAAAGCCACUUUCGCUGAAUUACCUGUUAAUGCCAGGUCUUCAAAAGCCACUGUUAGAAGCACUGUAAAAAGGGUUCAAUCAUUGCCCAAAAAUGCUGGUCAUCGGAAAGUAAUGAAGAUUGCACAAGCAGUUAAUGAUGAUAAAGUUGCCGAAGAAGCCAUAAAAACCUCAAGAGAGAGGGCUGGGAAAGUUUUUGAUUGCAAUGGCUGUGAUGUUGAAAUUGAAAAUGCAGAGACUACUGAAUGUUCUAAGAAGACUCUAAACACAAAUAAGGUGUCAAAGUUGAAAAGGAAAAGCACAGUAGAUGGUGGAUCUGUAUCACAUCCUAUGAAGUUUCUAAAAGUAGAAAACAGUGCUAUCAAGCAAGCAGCAAGUAGACAGGUUUCAGUUCGGAAGACAAAGUCCAGUAAAUCCAGGACAUUAAAUCCCUGCCCUAUAUCUGAUGGUUGUGCUCGGUCUUCAAUUAAUGGUUGGGAAUGGCAUGCAUGGUCAAUUAAUGCUAGUCCUGCUGAAAGAGCUCGUGUUAGGGGAGUGCCACACGUUCAUGCCAAGUAUUCAUUUCCCGAGGCAUACACAUCUCAGUUGUCAAAUGGCAAGGCCCUUUCUGCAAGGACAAACAGGGUGAAGCUUCGCAAUCUUGUUGCUGCUGCAGAAGGUGCUGAGCUUUUGAAAGCAACACAGUUGAAGGCAAGAAAAAAGCAUUUACGUUUCCAGCGAAGCAAAAUACAUGACUGGGGUCUUGUUGCUCUUGAGCCAAUUGAGGCUGAGGACUUUGUAAUUGAAUAUGUUGGUGAACUGAUUCGUCCACAAAUAUCUGAUAUACGUGAACGUCUUUAUGAGAAGAUGGGAAUUGGCAGCAGUUAUCUUUUUAGACUUGAUGAUGGUUAUGUGGUUGAUGCCACAAAGCGUGGUGGGAUUGCAAGAUUUAUAAACCAUUCUUGCGAGCCCAACUGCUACACCAAGGUUAUAAGCGUUGAAGGUCAGAAAAAAAUUUUCAUCUAUGCAAAACGCCAUAUAGCUGCUGGUGAAGAAAUUACUUACAAUUACAAAUUUCCUCUGGAGGAUAAAAAGAUACCUUGCAACUGUGGUUCUAGGAAGUGCCGGGGAUCAUUGAAUUAGGAAUUAUCCUGAGAUGCCAAUUAUUGCCGUAUUUUAGAGUUUGGUCUCACUUUGCAUGGUUGACAGAAUCAGUAUAUAGUUUGAUGCUUUUGGAAGAGCCGGGAUUGUUUUCUUGAGAUUUGAAACCCUUCACAAACUGUUGCUUGAAAGAUUUCUUUGGUGUUCAGAUGAGAUGAAUCGGGGUGCAGACUAGCAGCAGAGAACAUUAGCAUGGUUUAUCUUCCAUUUUUGUCUUGCGUGAGUUUAGCUUAUAGAUGUGAGGUUGAUAACUGAAAAUUCGGAAAGCAAAUGUGAAAACAAGAAAAUAUGUUGGCAUUAAGGCACGAUGGCAUAUCCCCUGGUUCCAAAGUGCUAUUUGAGGAUGAAGUCUGGACUUGAGGACAAGCAACUGGGUAUGGCUGACGGCUAAAGGAAAAAAUAAAAUGGCUGUGAAUCGUAGGUAUUGAUAAAAGCUGGAUGGUGUGAUUGUGGAGAUCUUUCUAUGUUGAAUUCCCCUCCCUACUAGUCGAAGAUGAAUUAGUGACCUGUGCAUUCUUGUAGAUCUCUCUGCUGCAGAUGAGUUUCUCCUCUUAGAAACACCAAAUCAAUAUAUUGUUUCCGUACUUUACAUUUCUGGAGUAUCAAUUUGUUGUACAGACAUGCAUUAUUUUUUUUUAUUAAUUCAAUACAAGUGAAAAUAUAAUAUAGAUGAUGAAUCUUGUGAAUAAAUUUAAUUUUUUCUUCUAUUGGUAACGUUAGUAGGUGAUCACUGCUUCAACAUGUUUUUUUGUUGCAAAAUUAAAUUAGAGAAACAGAAGAGUUUUUGGAGCAUGUGGUGCUUACGCCCUUUGAACCAAAUAUUGACUACAGGAGGGGCCUGGUCAUGAAUGGACUAGCUGUCAGUUGGUAAAAUUUUUUUCAAGGGCAUGGUUCUCAGCUUUUUUUCUGUCAUUCCAAUACUCAUGAGUAGCCAUUUUGAGGGCUGACAUGAAUCCUGCUGCAUGACGGAACCAAUUUUAAGUUUCGCUUUGCCAUUUACUGAAUCCUAUCGGUCUUUGUGCCUUGACUAGCGAAGUUGUGAGAUAAAAACUGACGCCACCCUAGCAGUCUAGCUUUUAGAUUAUAAUUUCUAAAUAUUUCAAGUCACCGUCAUGAUGAGAGUUCCAUAAUUUUACCAGGUAAAUGGAACAUCUAGGGUUGAAAGACGCUGAAACCAAGGGAAAAAUUGUUUAGGAUUUAUUGGUCACAAUUUGAAGAUGUGGUUAAAAGUGGCGAUGCACCAAAAAGAGAUCAAAUGGGAAUGUUGAUGACCAAUGUCCCACGCUAUUUUGGUUGUUUAAUAUUGAAAUUUGAGCCUUUGGUACAUGAUAGUUUCAUGCAACAGCUUUUCUUUGGUGUUGGGUAAGUGUUUGAUUGUUCAUCUUUUUCCUUACAUUUCUUUUUGGCUGCAGGAGUGCAUCUGGUAGAGAUUCACUGUAGCUGCUGGGUUGGGGCGGAGGUUUCCUUGUGCCCCCUGGUAUGUGUCUGCUUCUCCUCUCCUAUGUAUAAAAGCUAACGCCAGUGGCCACUACUAUGUUGGUUUGUGCAGUUAUGGAAGUUACCAACCAAUGGCAAUUGCUAAUUUGAAAACAAUUUAUAAAAUCAUGGUCAAACUUCAUGCA